AUGACUUCCAUAAAUGGUGGUCCGAUGUCUGUGGACCUGAGUGCGGCCAAUCGCCAAACUAUGACACCAGAGGCCAUGCCAAGCCAACCCAAUUCUAGACCGUCGACAAUCGGGGCCGACUUUUUCAAAUUCUUCAGCGGCACACAGAAAAAGGUUACUCGAGAUGGUCAACCCGCCAAACGACGUGGCCCCAAGCCCGACAGCAAACCGGCCCUUACCAGACGACAGGAAUUGAAUCGCCAGGCUCAGAGAACCCAUCGCGAGCGCAAGGAACAAUAUAUACGGGCUUUGGAAACGGAGGUGUCGCGGUUACGAGAGGCAUACACACAAGAGAUCUCGGCGGCCAACUUGACGGUGGUUCAGCACCGAGAUAUGGUGCAGUCGCUAUCAGACGAAAACGCCAUUCUGAAAGACAUCCUGACGGCCCAUGGCAUCAACUACGAGCCCGAAGUCGAGCGGCGCAAGGCUGAACGACCCACCAUCGGCUAUCAGUCCAGCCCAUUUGCCAGCAGUAGUACCGGAUCACAGCCCACCGGCGUUGCUCCUUCCAAUCCCUCCACGAACAACAUGUACACCACGCCACCUACGACAGUCUCGGCCAGCUUGAGUCCGAUCACCACUGGGAUCGAGCAAAUUGAUGUGUCGUCGAGCGAGAUGUCACCACCGCAAGGGCCGUAUCAGGCCGCUCCGUGUGACGCCCUGGCGACGCUAGACCAGAUAGCGCCAGUGAGCCGGGCGCCGAGGCAGCCAUCGGGCAUCUUCGAAGAACUUCCCCAGCUGCAGAUUGACUUUAUUCUGACAUUGGAAUCGCCGUGUCGGGAACACACCGACUAUCUCUGCCGCCGAUCGAUCACCGAAGCCGAUGACGAGGACAUGCCAUUCUCGGGUCAUGCCUUGAUGGCGACCUGCCCGCCGCCCAGUUACAUCGCGAACACCUCGAACGAACAGACUUAUCCGCACAAGACCUACGACCUCCCUCAUGCCAACCUGUCGACCCUUCUCAACCUCAGUCGGCAGCUUGUGACGGAUGGACAGAUCACCCCCAUCAUGGCGCUUCAGUGUCUCAAGAACCACGAGCUCUACCGCAGCCUGACCAAGGAGGACGUCAAGGUGAUCAUCGAGACGCUAAACACCAAAGUGCGCUGCUACGGCUUUGGCGCGGUGGUGGAAGAUUUCGAACUGAUGGACUGCCUCAGCAGUGUGCUCGGAUCUAAGGUCGAGGGCGCUCUGUCACAUCCGGGAGAUGAGAUGAUGUAUUCGUGA